AUGGUCGACCGAAUCGACCCCGAACGACAGUGGGCAUUUCUUCUGCAGAAGCUGCGGAGCUUUCCAUUAGAUUGGCGCGGGACGGAUGAACAUGCUCGGCGCCUUGAUGCCUUGGGUAAAGAGGUCCGCCUUUCAGACCUCUAUGCGGCCUGCCCUAGUCUGCGCAAACGCGUAGCCAGCUAUGGUGGACUAGGGAAGUUGUGGAUGGCCGCACACGAGUGGGAUGUGGAGGUGAACGCAGAAGCUGUGGAAGAUCAGCAAGUCCCGCGGCUGGUGCAACAGGUGGUCAGUGAAGAGAAGCAGGAAGCAAUGUGGCAGCAGCUUCUUCAAGACCUUCGACGUUACCCUCCCUCCUGGAAUUCUCACUUGCACAAGGACUUGCGGGGAGCUUUGCUUGGGCGUCAGCUCCACUUAGCCCAACGCUUCGCUCGUUCCCCGGGGCUGCGGCGGCGCUUGGACCAGGAGGGUGGUUUGUGCAGCCUAUGGCAGAAGCUUCACGAGGAGGAUUUUGCAGGUGGCAGUGCUGCUGCAGGAGCCGCAGCAUCCUACUCCACUUCAUAUGGCUGUGGGCUGAACUCCUUGCCUUCCGACUACCAAGUGCAAAUGCCAAUGCGGCUGCCUGCUUUUUAUGAACCUUUCCAUCCAGCCAGGCAGCCGAGUUCCUAUGCCCGAAGCCAACCCAGUUCGUAUGCCCCAAGACCGCAAACAGCCUUUGGCAUCGGGCAGCCAGCUUCCUAUGCCCUCGGGCACUCCACUUCCUAUGCCCUAGGGCAGCCCACUUCUGACACAUACUCUUCUCGGCAGAUGUCGGACCUACGUCAGGCAGCUUCACUGCCCCCUUCCUUGGCGGUGCCGCCCCCUUGGGCUAGAGAGGCACACCCUUCCUACCCUGCCACUUUGCAGUGGCUUGAGGACCGCGAGGAGCAUGCCUUUGAUCCUGGCGAUUGGGCUCAAGCGAUCUUGUCCAACCGCUCCUCAGACAGCACCCGCAGCGAGCCAGAGCCCUCACCGGAGGACCUCUAUACGAUGCACGUGCGUAAUUUGGUCGGCACCACUGUGAAGGCGGCCGUUGAGGAGUCCGGGAAAGAUGUGCUGGUGAAUUGUUUUGCACCAUGGUGCGGCCAUUGCCAGAGGUUCAAGCCCAAGUACCAGGAGUUGGCCAAGCGCUUGGCUCAUGUGUCCAGCUUGGUCGUCUCGCAGAUGGAUUGCACCCAAAACGAUUUGGGCCCUUUGAAGCGCAUUGUGCACGGAUAUCCGACCAUUGCACUAUUUCCUGAUGGUCGCAAGGAUCAGGUCCAGCUUUAUGUUGGAAAUCGAUCUCCCGAGGACAUGACCAAGUGGCUCCACACCAAGGUCACACAUGACUUUUCAGACACGCCACCUGAGCUCGCAAAACGCGAGGGCGAUGGCUUACUCCCAGAUGAGGACGACUUGUGA